AUGCAACAAGCAGAUUUAGAUUCAGAAUCAGAUAUACCAAAAAUACCAGAUUAUACUUUAUCUGAAAAACAAUUUCUAUUAACAAACGGUAAUUCAUCAUCAAAUGAAAAAUCAAAACUAAUUGAUGAAAUUUUAACUCAAAUUAAAUCUGAAAAUUUAGCUCCUUAUUAUAAAUAUUUACAUAAAGAAAUAGAUUUUCCAUUUGAUCAAAAUUUAUAUAAUCAAUUAAAUUCAAAUAAUCAAAAAGAAAUAGAUCGAUUAAAUAAAAAAAUUAAAGAAGCUCAAGAUGAAGAAGAAACCGAAUUAGAUUUAACUUCAACAACUUUAGAAUUAGCUGAAUAUUAUACUGAGAUUAUUGACGGUAAAAAUGCAAUUGAAAUUUUUAAGAAAGUAUUAGAUUUAUCAACUAGUACUGGUCAUAAAAUUGAUCAUUUAUUAACUUUAACAAGAAUUUAUUUUUUUUAUAAUGAUUUAUAUCAAGUUAAAAUUCAUUUAGAUUUAAUUUCAAAUUUAAUUGAAAAAGGUGGUGAUUGGGAGAGAAGAAAUAGAUUUAAAGCUUAUCAAGGUAUUUAUUUUAUGUCAACUAGAAAUUUUAAAGAAGCUUCAAAUUUAUUAAUCGAUUCAUUAGCAACUUUUACUUCGACUGAGUUAUGUUCUUAUCAACAAAUUGCACAAUAUGCAAUUAUAUCAGGUAUAUUAUCAUUAGAUAGAAUUGAUUUAAAAAAUAAAAUUAUAGAUUCACCAGAAAUUUUAUCAAUUUAUUCAUCAACACCCCAAUUAGAACCUUUAUUGAAAUUAACAAAUUCAUUUUAUAAAUGUCAAUAUAAUUAUUUUUUUCAAUAUUUAUUAGAAAGUUAUGAUAAAUGUUUAAUUAAUAAUAAAUAUUUAUAUAAACAUGGUAAUUAUUUCUUAAAAGAAAUGAGAUGUAAAGCAUAUGGGCAAUUAUUAGAAAGUUAUAAAAGUUUAUCAAUUAAAUCAAUGGCAAAUAACUUUAAUAUAAGUGAAGAAUUUUUAGAUUUAGAUUUAACAAAAUUUAUACCAACUAAGAAAUUAAAUUGUACAAUUGAUAAAGUUAAUGGAAUAAUAGAAACCAAUAGACCUGAUAAUAAGAAUAAUCAAUAUCAUUUAUUAAUUAAACAAGGUGAUGGUUUAUUAACAAAAUUACAAAAAUAUGGUGCAGCUGUUAAAUUAAGUGGUGCUGAAAAAGUUGUAUAG